AUGCCUAUGCACCUAGGACACACAGGGAGUAACAGUGAAGAGAUGCCUCAUGUGGGCUCUAUGUAUGGACUAGGUUUCCCACAUUACUCACAGAUGGUCCCAUUACAUCAAGCUUCAGCCUGGCAACCCUUCUCAUGGCUUCCACAAAAUGCAGCCAAGUUUCAACAAAUGCCCCACCAAGUGCCGCAAUUGCAGAAAAGAAACCCACACCAGCACCAACCACAAUUCACAGGACCACAAAGCCAAUUCAAACAUCAACAUGUAACUAAACAGCCUCAGCAAGCUCUUCAGUUACCUCCUGCACCCAGCCCCCAGAUACCACAAAUGUUCCCUCCAUUUCCUGGUGAAAUCAGUCCUUAUCAGCAAUAUUGGCCACAGCUGAACAACUACUUAGAGUAUUUCAGAAUGGGAGGAAGGCCACCCUAUAAUUCUGAGGAAAUAAAUGAAGAUGAAGAAGCCCCUGAGAAAGAGUCCCCUAAAGCAGAAAGUACAGUUACAGAGACAAGCAAUUCAACAACAGCUGACACUAAUUCAACAACUGUAGACUCAAGCCAAGGAAAUAACACAACACCAAAUGUUAGUCUACCCGUUGACUCUCAAAAUGUUAGGUUAAAUGGCCAAAAUGUGUCACCAGAUACAGUACCUGUAAGCCCCUUUAAUCAUGGAAAAAAUAUAAACACGUUAGCCCAUGCUUCCAAGCCAUUUCAACAGACGGUUUUAGGCAACACUCAACAUAAGUAUUAUGUGAUUGACAAAGCAGGAAGUGGAGACCAUCAUAAUCAUAUCCACUUACUUACCCACUUAAUAAAUAAAGGCAGUUUUACUAGCAGCCCAAAUUCUGGAAAUCUGGGUUAUAUCAGAGAAAGCCAACACUUUGAUCCUGACAAACAUUCCGGCAGAGCAACUAUACCAAAAGGUAGUCACAAUGAUGGACCAAGAGGUACAUCACAAAAUAUUGUCAGGCUACCUAGAUAUGAAAGUGUACAACCACAUACUGGAAAUAAUAAAGUACAAAAUCUUGGAAAUUUCAGAAGAAAACAUGAAGAAAGACAAACUGGGGAACAUUCCCAUUGGCCAAUUAAAAAUAACAAAAUACCCAAACCAAAAAUGAUUAUUCUUGACCCACAACGCAAUGAAUACUUAGCUGAAUAUAAUAGACAGCUAAAUGUUCAAGGUCAACAAACAAUGCCUAGAGGCCUGCUUACCAAUCAUCAGAACAUUCAGUUUCAGACUCAGAAUGAGAGCAAUCAGAAAAAUAGGCUUAAUGUUGUAGGCCAAAACAGCAAAGCUCUUUUAAUCAGUGACACCCCUUUCAUUCAAAGUGAAAACCCCCCUCAACAGCUCCCAGAUGAAAACUUCUAUGAAAAAGAUGUAAGAGUUUUCCUCAGGGAUAGCCCAUGGAUGAACAAACAAGGCAGUCCGCAAAUAACUAAAGUACCUUCUGGACAGCAACAGAGGACAAUAUAUAUCGUAAGCCCCUUUGCAUCAAAUAACACUCCAGUGCAUCCUGAUGAUAGACAAAGAACAGAAGGUAUAUUAAACCAUGCAGUGGAAGAGGAAAAUGAACAAAAUAACCAACAACCUAACCCACUACAUCAUAGGAAUGGAAUGUAUCCAGAAAAUAAAAUACAUGGUCAAAGUAGCACUGUGCCUUAUUCAGGAAAACAACCUUGGGUCAACCAUUUAGAAUUUUCAGCAGUUGAGCCUAACUUGCACGACCCGAUGGAAAGCCACCUUACCCAUGCAAAUCAAAUUAGGCAAGAAUUAUAUAACAAUGACAGAAUGACAGAAAAUCAGAGUAAAUAUGUGUUAUUAUCCAAUCCAGAGCCAUCAAUGCACACAGAACGAAUUUACUUUCCUGGUAACCAACCUUUGCAUCAGAUUAUAGAUGGUCCUAUCCAUAAAAUAAUUGAUUCCUUGGAUCACAACGGGUACUUUGCAGGUUACAACGUUGACUCACAGACCCAAAAUAAAAAAAGUCCCAAUAGCACAAACAUCCAAUCUGAGCCAAUAGAGACUGUAUAUUACAUUAUUAGACAUGAGCCUCACCUUGGUCAAGUUGACCCUGUUAAUCUACAGUUAUCUCCUUUUACAGAAAAACAUUCAGGGGUUUACAAUCCAGAUAAUUCUGCAGCAACCCACAAAGACAAUGCAAAUUAUGAUAUGUACCCUUCUGGUAUGAGAGGUCAGUCUCCAUAUCAGAGAGAACCAGGAAUCGGUCACACAGGGUCUACGCAUUAUACUUGCUAUUUACCUGUUAUUGAAAAUGAUUCAACAAGUGGACUCCCUGGCCAGUUAUAUGUUUGCUGUAAACACACACAUGCAGAACAAGGCACUAUAGGAAAACUAGAAAACUCUAAUUUCAGAUUAACUUUACAGGAAUAUAAUGAAUGGCUGCCAUAUCAGGAUAGAACCCACAGGCAGCAUACAAGAAACGUAAUUGAUUCUUCUCUAACACCAGCUUGCAAUAAUUCAAACAAUGAAAAUAUAUUAUCCUCAGGAGGUGAGCGCUCUGAAGCCAUAUCUUGUGUUACAAACGGUUGUGAUGAACAGAAGUCAGAACAUUCAUACCGCAGUUUCGGAGUAGUUGACAAAAGGCCAUGUAGUGCUAGAGGAGAUGCGGAUAAUUACCUUCCGCUCUUCCAAGAUACAUCAACGUCACCAAGGAAAAAUGACAUUGCUUUUGAAAAAGUUGAAUUGCCACAAAUAAAUAUACAGGCAGAGGGAACGACAACAGAGAACGAUGCAAGGUUGAAGAAAGCCACAGGCAAACUACUGAGCAUAUUGACCUGUCCCAAAAACAGGCAAAAGAUUCCACAGGCAAACACAGUUCCCAGCAAACCAAAUGCAUUUUAUUUAAAACGUGACAUACCCGCUGGAGAGCCAUCUACUGUAGCAGGUGUAGUUACUCAUGAUGAAUAUUCUAUGGUGCACCAACCGUCUGAAAACAAUAUUGACCCAGUGAGCAAUGUGGCAGACUGUUUAAUACUCAACAAGUAA